ACAGUGUGAUGUACCAGCGAUGAUGAGCGUGGCGAUGCUGCUGCUAGCGUUGGCGUGCUCGGUCAUCGAAGCAGCGCCUGCGCCCCUCUACGAAAAUCCAGAGGAGGUAGUGAUACCGCAGAAGCGAGCGGCAUUAGUGUUGGACCGAAUUCUGAUCGCGCUCCAGAAGGCCCUACACGAAUCUCCGACAGAAUCCCACGACGGUCCGCACGCCGCGCCGCUGCGCGUGUCUUCCUACCUCGACUCCGACAUGAGCGCCCUCCAGCGGCGAGGGCAGGCGGGCGCCUCCGGCCGCGGCCGGGUCCUACGAUGUUACUUCAACGCAGUCACAUGCUUCUAACUAUGUAAUAUCAUCAAUACCCAAAUUCUAUAAUAUCAUUUACUCUAGCUAAUUGCCUUUAUUUCUCUAACUUAAAACUAUUUGAUACGAUUUUCUCAAUCCCUUAAUGUAAGAUUGUAACUUAAAUAAAUUAUGUUUUCUUGUUAUUCAUAAUGUGGUUUACAAUUAUGUAAUAAACGUUAUUGCCUG